GAAGCGCGGUGCAGAUACCCCGGUUGCCGCCGCAGCCGAGCAGGUGAGGCCGGCGCCCGGGCCGCGGGGCCAGCGUUUGGGCCCUGUCCUCUGCGAAGAUGGUGCUGCUCACGAUGAUCGCGCGAGUGGCGGACGGGCUUCCUCUGGCCGCCUCCAUGCAGGAGGACGAACAGUCUGGCCGGGACCUUCAGCAGUACCAGAGUCAAGCUAAACAACUCUUUCGAAAGUUGAAUGAACAGUCCCCUACCAGAUGCACCUUGGAAGCCGGAGCCAUGACUUUUCACUACAUUAUUGAACAGGGUGUGUGCUACUUGGUUUUAUGUGAAGCUGCCUUCCCUAAGAAGUUGGCUUUUGCCUACCUUGAAGACUUGCACUCAGAGUUUGAUGAACAGCAUGGAAAGAAGGUGCCUACUGUGUCUAGACCUUACUCUUUUAUCGAGUUUGAUACCUACAUCCAAAAAACCAAAAAAAACUACAUUGACAGCCGUGCUCGGAGAAACCUGGGCUCUAUCAACACUGAAUUGCAAGACGUGCAGAGGAUCAUGGUGGCCAAUAUUGAGGAAGUGCUACAGCGGGGAGAAGCACUCUCAGCAUUGGAUUCCAAGGCUAACAAUUUGUCCAGUCUGUCCAAGAAAUACCGCCAGGAUGCGAAGUACUUGAACAUGCGUUCCACUUACGCCAAACUUGCAGCAGUUGCUGUGUUCUUCAUCAUGCUAAUAGUGUAUGUGCGAUUCUGGUGGCUGUGAGCUAGUGAUUCCAGUCACUGAUCAGGAGAACCUAGAACCCAGCACGCAUAUGUUUUCAGGAAGCUGAGCCCACGGGGAUGUGUAUUAGAAUCCACAGUAGAAUCCAGUGGAACUUCUGCCCCUAAAGACGUUGCAAGAAACGAUGUGUCCUGAAAAUGAAAGGUCCGCCUCGUCUAAUGAAGCUUAGCCCUGUGUAGAAAGUCUCUGUUGGGGGCAAAGGCUUUCUCUGGGUGCUAAGCCAUAGAUGUUAGGGAACAGUAGGUUCUUGCAUUUUGUGUUUUCCUUCCCAGUGUUCUGUGUUUUUUAAGCAGCACUGACUGGGGCAUUCUUCCUCUCUAAUGGAGCCAUCAGUGAGAGUUGGCUUAACCAAACUGUGCCAGGAAGAUUCCAAAAUCCCAUCAGAGAAGCCAGCACUAGGGAACGUUUUUGAUUCUAAUCAACAUUCCUUUUGUUGGUGACACUUGUGAUUUCCUUUCAUCUGAAUUUUUGAUGGGCUUCAAACAAGACUCCAGAAUGUGAAGGUUAAUUGCUGUGCUGCACAGAUCUUACCUUCUGGCCCCUUUAGGAAAGUUAACCCUAUUUUCCUCCCCUUUCUUGUAUUUUGCUUAUUGCACAAUUGCUUUAGGAUUAAAUGAAUUAUAUUACGAUGCAUUGAAAUUAUAUUAUAGCACUCCUUGAUUAAGAAGGCAAA